AUGAAUAAUCUAGAGCGUGGUUGGAUGUAUGAGAGAUUGGAUGGUCGUGGGGCUAUAAACUCUAGUUUCAUAACCGGUGUAGAUAAGUUUAUCCAGUUUGCAUGUACACAACAGGAUCACUUGAGUGGUGACAAAGUUAGAUGUCCAUGUAAAAAAUGUCACAACUUUAGAUUCAUGCAUGUUGAAAUCGUUAAACAUCACCUUUAUAAGACUGGAUUUGUUGAUAACUAUUUUGUUUGGAAGCAUCAAGGGGAAAAAGAUGUGAUCAAUGAGAUUUCCUCAGGUCAAGAUUUGCAUGGUAGUGAUCAACCUGAAUUAACAUAUGAUAAUCCAUACCGACAAAUGGUUUUAGAUGUUUCGUGUCCCAACUUUUCCCAAGGUUCAAGUUGGCAAUCUUCUAGCAAUAUUGAACCUCAGCCAACUCAUCCUUGUGAACCUUUGAUGGAGGAAGAUCCUAAUCCCGACUCUCAAAAAUUAUAUGAUUUGCUACAAGCAGCUACUCAAAAAUUGUAUCCCGAUUCUUCUCUCUCUCAACUUGUGCUUGUCUCUCAGAUGUUAAAUAUUAAAAUGGAGAACAAUAUGUCACAGAGAGGUUAUAAUCAAAUGAUGCAAUUGUUGAAAGAGGCUUUACCUGAAGAUAACAUGGGUGAUGAUGAACACCUUACAUGUUGUACAUUCUGUGGCCAUGAGAGAUACAAGCGUCGUGUCGGCUCUCGUAAAAGGAAAUUGGUCCCUUAUAAGAAAAUGUAUUAUUUUCCUUUGAUUCCUAGAUUGCAAAGAUUAUAUGCAUCCCCUGCUACUGCUACUGACAUGAGAUGGCAUCAUGAGCAUACAAAAGAGGAUGGUGUAAUGCAUCAUCCAUCAGACUCUGAGGCUUGGAAGCACUUCAAUGAAACUCAUUAUUUUUUUGCUGUGGAACCAAGAAAUGUAAGAUUGGGGUUAUGUACUAAUGGUUUCCAACCAUUUAGUCAGUCUGGGAGUAAAUACUCUUCAUGGCCAGUGAUUUUCACUCCUUACAAUUUACCUCCAGGGAUGUGUAUGAAAGAGGCUUAUAUGUUCUUAACAGUUAUUGUUCCAGGGCCAACCAAUCCCAAACAUAAAAUUGAUGUUUAUCUGCAGCCUCUGAUAAAAGAACUGAAUUUGUUAUGGGAGAUAGGUGUGGAAGCAUUUGACAUCUCAAAAAAGCAGAACUUUCAACUAAGGGCAGCUUUAAUGUGGACAAUCAGUGACUUUCCAGCAUAUUCUAUGUUAUCCAGAUAG